UUGCCUUAUUGAAAAGUGGGUUCCAUUAGUUACAGCCCAACCCAAACUCAUUCCCAUUUUCUAGGCCUCGAAAUCAUUUUCUUUUCCCUGCAACCAAACACACCCCAUUUACCUUUCCCACCGCUUCGACCUCAAAACUACUAAAGCCCUGGCUUUUUCAUCCUCUCAACCUCAAAACCUCCAAAAACCCGAAAACAUGGGCAAAGAUCGAAACGAUUCUCCCCUAGAAAACUCCGACGAAGAAAUGGAAACCCCAUCUAACCCGAAAUCGAAAUCGAAAUCCAAUUCUGAAUCCGAACCCGAAGAUUCAAAGCAUAAAAGCCACGGCAAAAGCGACAAAGGGAAAAGACCAAGCAAAUCAAGAAAACGACAUAGCAGUGAAGAAGAUGAUUCGCAUUCGGAUUCUGAAUCUGAGUCCGAGUCUGACUAUUCGGAUUCGGAAUCGGAGUAUUCGAGUUCGGAGGAGGAGAGGAGGAGGAGGAAGAGGAAGAGGAGAGAGAGGGAGGAAAGGGAGAGGAAAAGGAGGAGGAAAGAGAAGGAAAAGAAGAGGAGAAGGAAGGAAAAGGAGAGAGACGAAGAGAGGAAAAGAAAGAAGAGAAAAGAGAAAGAAAGGAAAGAAAAGAAAAAGAAGGAGAAAUUGGAAAGAGGAAAGAAAGGUGCUGUUACUAAUUCUUGGGGUAAAUAUGGAGUUAUCAGAGAAACUGAUAUGUGGAAUAAGCGACCUGAGUUCACAGCGUGGUUAGCAGAAGUGAAACAGAUAAACUUGGAAAGUUUGCCCAACUGGGAAGAGAAGCAGUUGUUUAAAGAAUUUAUGGAAGAUCACAACACGGCCACCUUUCCUUCCAAAAAAUAUUAUAACCUUGAUGCUUAUUAUAAGCGUAAAAUGGAGAAGGAUAUGAAAAAGGGUGUUAAAAAGGUUCUUGAUACAGAACGAACUGUAUUCAAUGAUGAAGAACAGCGCCGGCAAGAAUUGCUAAUAGCCCGUGAAAAGCAGAAGGAAGAACAGGUUGAAUCUUUGAAACGUGCUAUGCAGAGUGGAAUGGCGCAAGCAAUGAAAGAACAAGCUCAACUACGAGAAGAGAUGGCUUACCAGUACAAAAUUGGCAACUUCGAGGCUGCAGCUGCCAUACAAAGAAGGUUGGAUCCAGAUGUUGCCAUGUAAGAAGGGAUAGCCUAUACGGGGCUAACAGCUGCUCAGAGUUGAUGCAUUCGAAAUUAGCCGUGUAAGAUGCUUAUAGAUGGAUCAGCUCUAAGCUUUAUAUUGACUGCCUACCAGAGCAAGGAAUUUUCUUCUAUUCUUACUAGGUUGAAUAUAAUCGUAUCUAUUUUAUUGGGUUAACAGUUUUUUAAUUAGCUUGUGAUCACCCUCGCUCCCAUUUUUGCUUAGGAAUAGCAUGUUUUGUGAUCCAUCUUAAGUAAAGUAGUAUGUUGUGCUAAAUUGAUCUUUAUACCUAAUAGCUCUUCUAUGUUAAUGGAUGAGAUUUUAUGCUUUUGCCAUUGCAUGUUGGAUGCUAAAAUGUUGAACUAUUUUUAUCAAAAAGAAAACAAAUUGGUUUUCUUUUUAAAUUAUUAUAUAAUU